AUGUGUUCUUUACAGGUGCUGGACCCCCGUCGGGGUCCCAUUCUUGGGGAUUCAGUGACCAGGUGUUCUGCUGGAGAGAAACCAGCCCCAGAAAAAAGAGCUGUCCAAGCAUCAGAUUUGCAAUCAGACCUUCAACAGGAAGAACAAAUCCAACUUGAGCAGAUUGUUGUUCAUCAUUCCCAUUUGCAAGCAGAUGAUCAACCAGUCCAACUUGAUCCGGAGAUCCCACCUCAUUAUAUGGUAAGCUGGGGACACCCCAGGAUCGUCAAAAGCCACUCCAAUAAUCAACAGAGAAAGGAUGAUGAAGAGACCGAAAGAUGUCCGAUCUGUCUGGAAGAGAUCCGCUCUAUUCAUGUCGCUUGGAACCAUUGCAGACACAAGUUCUGUCCCCAUUGUUUUGAAGCAUGGAUGAAAGUGGAACAAGGGGCCACUUGUCCAGUGUGUAGACGCGAUAUCCGCGGAAUCAAGCAGCUGGGGUUCACCAAACCUACUCACAUCUCGCCUUUUUGCACUGGAAUUUUCCAGCUUGUUGUCCUCCUUUAUCUACUCUAUCUUUCUUGCAUUCGGCCUGUCUUCUUUGCUUCUUUGGACUACUAA